AUGUCGAACGCCGAGCGCGACGCCCUGCUCGGCGGCGACGCGGAGCGCGAGCGACGACGGGCGGCGAUGGACGGCGUGGAGCGGGCGAGUGAGAACGCGGAGCGGUUGGAGCGAACGUCGAGGACGGCGCGAGAGAGCGCGACGACGGGGGAGAAUAUUUUGACGUCGCUUCGGGAGCAGCGGGACAAGAUUCUGAGCGCCCGUGCGUCGGCUGGACACAUGGAACGGGACAUGGAUAAGAGUGAGCGGAGAAUGACGCAGUUGGGGUGCGAGAAGUGCGUGCAGCGAUGGGCGUUCUGCGUUCUCGUGACGUUAGUCUUGGGUGGGUUGGGAUUUUUCCUCUGGUGGAAGCUGCACCGCGGGAACGACGCGCGGGACGACGAGCAUCAUAAACAGCGGAGCGAGGCGAUGCUGGCGAGGGCGGCGACCGCAGGGUUCGAUGCGGCGCGCGAGUGGCGCGCGAGACGUCUGUUGCGCUCGAAUUGA